AUGGCGUACGUUUUAACGGAAACAGCAGCAGGCUACGCCUUGUUGAAGGCGGCUGAUAAAAAGAUAUACAAGUCCAAAACAUUAAUUGAAGAUUUAAAUUCUGCUGAAAAGGUAGCAGAGCAAUUCAAAAUCCAUCGUUUUGAGAAAUUUCAAUCUGCAGUGAAUGCUUUAGAGGAAGCUAAUGCCAUCAUUGAAGGACGUGUAUCUGAAAACUUGAAGAAAUUAUUGGAGGAUGCUAAGGCAGAUAAGAAGGCAACAUUAAUAGUCUCUGAGACAAAGUUAGGAAAUUCUAUUAAUAAGUUAGGUUUGAAUUUUUCAGUCGUUUCAGAUGCAGCUUCGUUGGAUUUAUAUAGAGCUAUCAAAGAGUUUUUACCUGAUUUACUUCCAGGGAUGGAUGAGCCAGCUUUGAACCAAAUGACCUUGGGUUUAGCACAUUCCAUUGGUCGCCACAAAUUGAAAUUUUCAGCAGAUAAGGUGGAUACUAUGAUAGUACAGGCAAUUGCAUUAUUAGACGAUUUAGAUAAAGAAUUGAAUACUUAUGCGAUGCGUUGUAAAGAAUGGUACGGUUGGCACUUCCCUGAAUUGGCUAAGAUUGUCACUGAUUCCGUUGCAUAUGCUAGAAUCAUUUUAACCAUGGGAAUUAGGUCAAACGCUGCGGAUACAGAUCUUUCUGAAAUAUUACCUGAAGAAAUUGAAGAGCAAGUCAAGUCCGCUGCUGAGAUUUCUAUGGGUACGGAAAUUACUGACGUUGACUUAUUGAAUAUAAAGGCAUUAGCAGAGCAAAUUGUUGAUUUCGCAGCUUAUAGGGAACAAUUAUCUAGUUAUUUGUCUUCUAGAAUGAAGGCCGUAGCACCAAACUUAACAGCUCUUGUUGGAGAAUUAGUAGGUGCAAGAUUAAUUGCCCAUGCAGGUUCCUUGACAUCAUUAGCAAAAGCUCCUGCCUCAACUAUUCAAAUCUUGGGUGCAGAGAAGGCGUUAUUCAGAGCCUUAAAAACUAAACAUGAUACUCCAAAAUAUGGAUUAUUAUAUCAUGCGUCUUUAGUUGGACAAGCUUCAGGAAAAAAUAAAGGUAAAAUUGCCAGAGUUUUAGCGGCUAAGGCUGCGGUCUCCUUAAGAUAUGAUUCUUUAUCAGAAGAUCGUGACGAUUCUGGUGACUUUGGAUUAGAAGUCAGGGCCAAGGUUGAGUCGAGAUUGAGUGCGUUGGAGGGUCGUGAUUUGAGAACCACCUCAAAAAUUGUAAGAGAACAGCAGAAAAUUCAAAUUACAGAAGCUCCUACUUACAAUGCAGAUGCUGACGCUCAAGUAGCUGAAGUUGAUUCAGAUGAUGAAUCUGAUACUGAAAUGAUUGACAGUAAGAGUGAAAACAAGGCGAAGAAAGAAAAGAAGAGUAAGAAAGAGAAAAAGGAAAAGAAAGAAAAGAAAAGAAAGAGAGAGAGCGAUGAUUCAGUGGAUUCCCCGUCUAAAAAAUCGAAGAAAGAUAAGAAGGAAAAGAAGGAAAAGAAAGAAAAGAAGGAGAAAAAGGAGAAGAAAAGCAAAGAUAAGAACUAG